CUUAAAUUUGUGCGCACGUCUGCUGCCCUUAUGGCUAGUGUGAAACUGUAACGACAAGACUAGGCUACUCGUACCUACUGGGUAAGGUCAGCAAAAGGUGACAUAUCCAGCACAUAAAGCACCCCUGAGCUAAAGAGAAACUCUCUCCCACACACGCACACAUCACACCCUUUAGCCUGCUCGCCCAAGCGCAAAACGGGAUCAUGUGGUUUUGGGCAGUCGCUGUCGCGUCGGUCAUUCCUGCCGUCUGGUAGUUUUAAGGUGCUGUGUCACACGAGCGGUUUCAGCUUACGUCCAUGGUGCGACUCUACUUCUGCAGCAUCCGUACGGGACCGUGCAGCAUCACAGCCGUGGGAACUACUCCGUUUCGUUAACUGAGGGCGCGAAGGAGAGCGAAGACAGUGCUUGGAUUUACGGACGCCCGAUUUUUUUUGUCUUGCUGCCCUUACUCGGGAUGUGAACGUUUGGGAAUUGUUCUGAAAGAGUUCGAUAUUUUUGCAGCAGACUUCGGACAGAAGAACAUACACAAGUCACUCAUUUUAAAAUGAAUCCCCCGUGCGCGAGAUGUGGCAAAAUAGUUUAUCCAACAGAGAAAGUAAAUUGCCUCGACAAGAACUGGCACAAAGGAUGUUUCCACUGUGAGGUCUGCAAAAUGACCCUAAACAUGAAGAACUACAAAGGCUACGACAAAAAGCCUUACUGUAAUGCGCAUUACCCGAAGACUUCCUUCACCAUUGUGACAGACACGCCAGAGAAUCUGCGCCUGAAACAACAAAGCGAAUUGCAGAGCCAGGUGAAAUACAAAAAGGACUUUGAAGACAGCAAAGGCCGGGGCUUCAGUAUCGUCUCCGACACUCCAGAGAUGCAGAGACUGAGAAGAACUCAGGAGCAGAUCAGUAAUGUAUGCUGUGGUUGUUUGUGCAUGCGUGCGUGUUUGUGAGAGAGUGAAGAGGUUAUCAGACAUGUACGCUUCCCUGCUUUUUUGGCAUCGCUCCACAGUUGACCUCUGACCAUUGGUUUCCAUGGUGAUGAGCUGAUCCGCCCACCAUCUAGUGUUCCACUUGAGCAGUAGCGGGAAGCUACAUGAGCUGAUGGUGGAAUAUGUCUGCUUGAGUAUGAGGAGGCGUGUAUGUGGUGUGAUCAAGUUAAUGCUAGGUGAUCGAGCAGGAAGAACUUUCCUGUGUUUGUGUGUGUGUGCUUGUGUGAGUGUAUGUGCGUGUGUGAGUGAGAGAAUGAGAGAGAGGGAAUGAGAGAGAAACUCAAAGGGUGCAUAAUGGUCAUUGGGCCUACACACACGCACAGAACCAUGCACACACAUACACCUACUGGAAUCACUUCUAUGUUCUUUUUUUUUCUCUCUUACUUAAUCGAGCCACUCGCAUACACAUUCUUGUUUCACAACAUCCCACCCAUAUGCCUGAGGGCAAUAAUAGGUAACACUUUAUUUUAGGGAUACAUCUA